AAGAAAAGAGGGAAGGAACAGACUCAUUACUCACUAAGUGGCAAGCAAGUUCUUCUUAGCACUCGUUCUGGUACACAGACUCUCUCUCUCUCUCUCUUUCUCUCUCUCUCUCUCUCUCUCUCACACACACACACACACACUCAAAAACACAAAGCAGAAGUGGACAAAGACACACGGUUUCAGGCGCCGCGGUUGGCUAUGGCUCAGGGCUCUGACAGCAAUGACACAAGUUACAAGUCGCCAUCACCUGGAAGCAGGCCGAGUUCCUCAGACGAUGCGAAGAAGGUGAUGCGGAGGGAGAAGAACCGGAUUGCUGCUCAGAAGAGCAGGAUGAGACAAACUCAGAAAGCUGACAGCCUUCACUUGGAGAGCGAGAACCUGGAAAAGGAGAACGCUGCUCUGAGGAAGGAGGUGAAGCAACUGACGGAGGAGGCCAAGUAUCUCACAUCCGUGCUGAGCAGCCAUGAACCUCUGUGCACCGGCCUGGCCCCUCAGACCCCCGACCACCUGUACCCUCCUCAUCACAGCAGCUACCACCACCAGCACAUCGCUGUACCACACUACUGACGGCCGAAGAAGUGCUGUGAACAGAUGACUGACCUCAAAGGAGAGCGAAAGACUGGACACGAGUCAGUAAAUCAUUCAAAACUGAUCGAGGAGGAGUAAAAGGAAAGGCCAAUAUGUCUGCCCCACGAUGAGAGUACGGAGCCCAAACUGUAACAUGCAGUAUUGAAAACUAUUUAUUUUGCUUCUCAUGCUCAUCCAUUUUCUUUUAUCUGAUUGAUAUCGGUGAUCUGUAUGUGAACUUAAAUGGCCCGAUGAGUAGAAUUAUCAACCAGUCUAUGUUUACAUUGGGAGAAAUAACCAACUUACUGUAUGUUGAGGUGACUCAGAUGAUAUUUUUGUAAAUUGCGAAUUUUUAGUGUCAUCCUGUCAUUUUAUGAGUUUCUUGUGUUGUUUUAGUGUGUUUCAAUGUGUAAAUGUAGAUUGAUAAUGCUCAGGAGAUAUUUUUUGACAGAACUGAUUGUUGACAAGCAGAAUGUAAAGUCAAAGUCCAGAAAAAGGUCUUGAUGAACCAAAGUUUGAUGAACAAGAAUUGAAGAAUGGGCAUUCAAUGGGUCUCGACUUGUGUACUGGUUAUAAUACUGAUGUGUGAAAAGAUCCUCAAGGAUAUUUAUUAAAUGUCAUGCCUUAUAGGUGAUGUUUCUGACCUCCAGAU